CGGGGCCGGGGUUUGGGCACGCACAGGAAAACAGCGCCCAGGAUUGCGUUUUCGUGUGGAGAAUCUCGAUGAGGAAGCUGAAUCAUGCCGUAUAUUGGUGUUUUUGGAUACGUAUGUUUAAUUGAAAGUCAGAUGAGGACACAGUUCUAAACCUGAAGUAAAGGGGAGGAAGAAGUGGCAAUGCCUUCUGAGGGGGCAGAAUACACCAUUGGGGGGGUGAAGAUCCUCUUCCCCUGCAAGGCUUACCCCUCCCAGCUGGCUAUGAUGAAUGCUAUUGUGAAAGGUUUAAAUACCAGGCAGCACUGUUUGCUGGAGAGCCCCACAGGGAGUGGGAAAAGCUUGGCAUUACUUUGCUCUGCAUUAUCAUGGCAGCAGUCUCUGCAUGAGAAAUCCCUGCUGAGCUGCUCUGGGGAGAAGGAGGACAGGAAGGCAGAGACAUCCCCCCUGUGCCACUGCACGUGCCAUUCCCAGGCCAGGAGCAACGAGGCUGCAACAAGUGUCAAUCCUGGGGCUUCUUGUCCUUCCAAUCACUGUGAAACAGCAAUUUCCAUGAAACCUGGAAGCCCCCUGCCAAACACAGAAUGUAAGGAAAAUGAAACUCUGGCUUCGAAAUUGGCUGCCAAAAAGAAGUUAUCUCUCCAGGACAGUGAGAAUGAUGAUUUUCAAGUGGACAGGAAAAGGAUUCGUCCUUUAGAAACAGAGCAGCAGGUCAGAAAACGCCACUGUUUGGCCAGAGGAGUCCAGUUGGUUGAUGCUUUAGAAGUUUAUCAGCAGAGGAAAAAUGGAGAGCUCACUGUUCACUCUGAAAAAAGUGUGAAAACCUCUACUUCUUCUCCCCAAAGGCCUUCUGGCCCUUGCACUGAGUGUUCCUGCUCUUCUGGAAAAGAACCCACUAAGGAUCCCAGUCACACAAAGAAGAAGGAAAAUGGAGAUCGCUUGUCUGUUCCCAAAAUAUUUUUUGGAACAAGGACUCACAAACAAAUAGCCCAGAUCACCAGGGAGCUGAAGAGAACAGCCUAUUCCUCUGUCCCCAUGACCAUCCUGUCCAGCAGGGAUUACACCUGCAUCCACCCAGUGGUAUCCAACAGUGGGAGCAACAGGAGUGAAAUGUGUGUAGAACUGCUGGAAGGAAAAAAUGGCAAGUCCUGUGCUUACUACCACGGUGCCCACAAGCUCAGUGAGCACCACGCCCUGCAGGCUGCCCAUGGGCUGUACCAGGCCUGGGACAUCGAGGACCUGGUGAGCCUGGGCAGGAAGCUUCGUGCCUGUGCUUAUUUUGCAGCCAGGGAGCUGAUGGUGGGGGCAGACAUCGUGUUUUGUCCCUACAAUUAUCUCCUGGACCCGCAGAUAAGGGAGAGUAUGGACAUCAACCUCAAGGGCCAGGUGGUGAUUUUGGAUGAAGCCCAUAACAUCGAGGACUGUGCUCGGGAGGCCGUGAGCUACGGGGUGACAGAGGCUCAGCUCAGGGCUGCUCGGGAGGAGCUGGAUUUCAUGGUCACCAACAACAUCAGGCAGAAGGAUCACGGGCCCCUGAGAGCUGUGUGCUGCUCUUUGAUAAACUGGCUGCAGGAGAGCUCUGGUCAGCUGGUAGAGAGAGGGUUUGAAAGUGCCUGUAAGGUGUGGAGUGGCAAAGAAAUGCUCACCUUUCUGCACCAAAUGGGAAUAACUGGUAUUACUUUUCCCAUUUUACAGAAACAUCUCGUGACUGUGCUGGAAAAAGAAGAGAAAAUGUCUGUGCAUGGCAGAGAAGAACUUGUUGAGAUCCCAAUUGUGAGCCCUGCCACACAAAUAGUGCUCAAAGGGCUCUUCAUGGUUCUCCUGUGUCUCUUCAAAGAUAACAGCAGGUUUGCAGACGAUUACAGAGUUGCUCUGCAGCAAACUUACACCUGGAUGAGUGAAAACCACCCUGAGGAUUCAGACACAAGCUCCUACUUUGCACGGCCCAGGCACAAGAAGAGUUCAAGGCAGAAGACCCUCGUCCACAUGCUCAGUUUUUGGUGCUUGAACCCUGCUGUGGCCUUUUCUGACCUCGGUGAAGUUAGAACAAUUGUCCUGACAUCUGGAACUCUGUCUCCCAUGGAUUCCUUCUCCUCGGAGCUCGGCGUGAGGUUUUCCAUCCAGCUGGAGGCCAAUCACGUCAUCCGCAAUUCCCAGGUGUGGGUGGGCACGGUGGGCACAGGCCCCAGCGGCCGCAAGCUCUGUGCCACCUUCCAGCACACGGAGACCUUCGAGUUCCAGGACGAGGUGGGGGCACUGCUGCUGUCAGUGUGUCAGACAGUUGGCCAAGGAAUUCUCUGCUUUCUGCCAUCUUAUAAGAUGCUGGACAAGCUGAAGGAUCGCUGGAUUCACACUGGCUUGUGGAAGAACCUGGAGCUGGUGAAGACAGUGAUUGCAGAGCCUCAGGGAGGGGCAAAGAGUGACUUUGAUGAGUUGCUGAACAUCUACUAUGAUGCAAUAAAGUGUAAAGGGGAAAAAGAUGGAGCUCUGCUCAUUGCUGUGUGCAGGGGCAAGGUCAGUGAGGGGCUGGACUUCUGUGACGAGAACGCCCGGGCCGUGGUGACCAUCGGGAUCCCCUUCCCCAACGUGAGGGACCUGCAGGUUGAAUUAAAGAGGAAGUACAAUGACCAGCACAAAAGUACAAGAGGCCUUUUAUCAGGGAGUCAGUGGUAUGAAAUUCAAGCUUAUAGAGCUCUCAAUCAAGCCCUGGGAAGGUGUAUAAGGCACAGGAACGACUGGGGGGCUCUGAUUUUGGUUGACGACCGGUUCAGGAAUAACCCCAAUAAAUACAUCACUGGGUUGUCCAAGUGGAUUCGGCAGCAGAUCCAGCACCACGGCAGCUUUGGCAGCGCCCUGGAAUCCCUGCAGGCCUUCGCUGCCAGGAACAGAAGUGGUGCCUGUUCCUCCCAGAACAGCAGGGACUGUCUCCACAUCCCUCCGGAUUCCAAGGACCUGGCACAAGGCUCUCAACCAGAGGCAGCUGCUCACCUGUCACCAGACGUUCCUGCCAAAAACCAGGAGCAAAAUUUGGCUUCCCAAGGGAAUUUCUCAAAUCGGCCAAGUAACGUCGUGGCAGCAGGGAAACAGAGUGGCCAGAAAGUUGGUGUAGAGAGUCAUUCUCACCACGUGAAACAAAGAAGAAAACGGAUGGACUCCACACCCAAAGUGCCAACAACUAAACCAGGGACAUUAAACACGAAUGGUUGGACUAAUGGUGACAUUGUGAAGGAGAAUUGCUGCUUUAAACCACUGACUUCAACACCUCUGCCUGUGGCCAAGAGCUGCAGGGCCCCAGCUAAUGGCAGACAAGAGGGUGUGAAUGGGCCCAGGGAACUUAGUGAUAGUUUAAAUCAAUGCCAAUCAUCGUUAACUGCAGAACAUAAACCAAGGGGACCAGAAUCAUGUUUGGGAACAACUCAUUUUUCAAUUAAAAAUACCGAGGCUCCAGUUGCUGAAGAGCUCCAGCUUCCAGCUGAGCCCUGCAGAGAGUGUCCCACUGCAGGAGGGAAGGCUGAGCUCUCCACCCCCAAUGUGUGUGCAGAGGAGGAGGAGGAGGAUGAGAGCAUUUACUUCAGCCCAGAGCUCUAUGAUGAUGAUGCAGACCCAGAGGAACAGGAAAUCCAAGCCCUGCUCCCAGCCCCUCAGGCAGCCAGGAAUCAGGUGGAAGGUGGAAACCCCCCAGUGGCUGAGGAACCUUUUGCCAUGGACACCUCAGAAACACUGAAUGUGACUGAGAAAGGCCAGGCUGGUGGCAGGAGCCCGAGUUGCAGAGUGAUGCAGAGUGAGAGGAGUGAGGAUAGUGCAGUUGAGGAUGUGGAGGUGGCUGGGGCAGCAGGAGCAGAGCAGGGAGCAGCUCCAGGCAUGGACAGCAGCAAACGGAGAGUCAGCCUGUCCAGAACACGAAAUAAAGGCUUGAAAAUUCAGAGGAAAUGCAGGAGAAGAAAAGCUCCAGUUAGGAAAAGUGGCUCCAGCUGGGACAGAAAGAAGGAAACACAAAACCAGCCUUGCAAGAAAGGACUUUAUUGCAUUGUCUGUGGAGCUGAAAUACUGCCCAAAGCAGAGGGAAUUUUGAGAAAAGCUUGCUACAGUAAUAGUGAAGUGCAGACAAUCUGGAAACUCUUCAGAAAUCCCAGUGUAAGAAGUAAAGGAUCCAUUAGGAGUUGUAUGUGUAAGGUAGAUGCCACUGCAGAAGAUGAUAAUGUGAUGUUGGUCAUCUCAGAUGCUGCAAGUCUGAGUUGUCUGAAGGAAACUUUGAAGGUUUAUCAGAUGCCAGUGAAAAGUGAAGACUUGCAUGGCAGUUUAUCUUUAAAUGCUCUUUGGGAUGAGAAGGAAUGUUCUCUGACAAGUUACUUACAAUGCAGGAGCUGUGUCACUCAGGCCAGUUCUCCAUGUCCUUUGGUAGGAGCUGAGGUUACUCAUUUCAGUAAUAAAGUGCAGUCAUGGGUCUGGCUGCUCCCAUCAGCUGUUCAUUUUUGCUGGCUGCUGCAGAACCCUCAAGGACUGAAAACAGGCAAUUCAGAUUAUACUUUAUCUUAAAAGGCCACGUAUUCAUCAGGACUAAUAAGACAGAUAAGUACUUUGUUAUUUAAUGCCAACUCCCACAAAGCUGUUGUUCAGCACAAGUGGAGAGGCAGCACAAUAUCUGGGUGUGAAUGAUGGGAAGGAGUUACCUGGGUACAAAUUCUGGCCCCAUUGAACUCAGUGGGGGUUCUGCCAUUUGACUUCAACAAAGCAAAGGCUUCACCACAUGUUUGAAAGAAAUAUUUCCCUGGGAUUACUGUCUGAAUGCUGGUAAAUGUGUUGUAUUUAAAUCUGCCUUUUGACAUUUGAAUGUUUGUUUACCUUGCAGGCACUUCAAAGUGAUUUGAUAUAAAAACUUUGCAUCAAUUCCAUUUUAUUCUGAGUUUGAAUUGCUUUAUUUUUUUUUGAUUUCUUGUGCAUUUAGAGGCCUGGGCUGGAAACAUGGUAGGGGAGCGUUGGCAUAUUUUGUAUUGCUGUGAUUUAAAUUGAAUUAAAGAAAAACAGAAAUUAAAACAUUUGCAGUUGUUUAUGUAAUUAAAAAGUCAUAUAAAAUUGGGCCCAAGCUACCAAGCAUAUCCUUUACUGAACCUUUUUUGGAAGCAGGCCAUAAAUGGAGAGACAGGGAUGUCACAUCUGUCUCAGUGUCAAUUUAGAGCAGGUUAAAAACCCUCACACUGUUUGUCUGGGGAAAU